AAAAAGGCAUGGGUACCUAUAUUACCAAACUUGGUUCCUCCCAUGCAACUUCGAGGAAAGACCAAAUGAGAACCAUCUCUUAUACACAAAUAGACACGAAUCAUACUCAGCAAAAAGCCGGCAAUAACAACCUUCCCCUUCUCUUACCUGUACCUUCGUUGUCAUUAAACAUGUCCACUCUUUCCUCCAACACUCUUUGAAUUUCAUCUUUUCCUUUCUCCCUAAGCUUUUGUUCUUUUUCUCUUUCAAAAAUCACUAUAUAUACAGACGCCAUCCCCCUACUCACCUUUCCAUUCCAACACAUCAUUAGACAACUACAACUUCUUCUUCUUCUUUCUUUUUUUUAAAAAAAGUCAUUGGUGAAAUUAUAUACCAACAAAACAAAAGAAAAUAUGGCCUCACGAGAUGGUGUCAUCUUUGAAGAUUUCUUCCCAGCAAUGGUGGAGAAGCUUGGCGCUGACGGGUUUAUGAAGGAGCUGUGUAAUGGGUUUAGGUUGUUGAUGGAUGGAGAGAAAGGUGUGAUCACUUUUGAAAGCUUGAAAAGGAAUGCUAAUUUGCUAGGGUUGCAAGACAUGAGUGAUGAUGAGGUAAUGUGCAUGUUAAGAGAAGGUGAUUUGGAUGGUGAUGGUGCUUUGAAUGAAAUGGAGUUUUGUACUCUCAUGUUCAGGUUGAGUCCUGGGUUAAUGAGGACUUCAAGAAAAUGGCUUGUAGAAGCUCUUGUUAGUGAGAUGUAGGUUUAUUUUACCACUAUUCUUCAUUUUCUUGUUCUUGAUUAAUUAGGAUAAAUCUUUUCUUUCUUUUGCUUUGCCCUGCCUGUCCAUUUGUAAUCUUUCUAGUUUAACAGCAUUCGGAUAUUAAAUUCCAUCUUAAUUUACUCAAAUGCAAACUCUUUUCUUCUUUU